CUUCAGGCAGCUUCGGCUUUGUUUAACAACCGAUGUAGUUUCCGUCACCCUCCACUCGUUGAGUCAUCCAACAUGGCACAACACAUUUGUCCCUGUUUAUUUUUUGAUUACCGCUAAUAAAUUCUACAUUCAUGUGUUUACACUAUAGUGCAAUUACUAUUCAUUGAAGACAAAGUCGAAUAAUUAAGAAAGAGAUUUGUAAGCAUAAAAUACUUCUUUAAGCACACUACAUGAAAUCAAAGCAUGAUUUGUAAAGGGUGAUGAUAUGUCUACAAUUGCUUUAGAAAAUUCUGCAAAUGUAUUCUGAGAUUCCUACACAGCCUUUGUGAUAAGUAACACGAUUAUAUCAUACGGAGAACCAACUGCUAAGCAACUCCUUGCACCGUUUUAAAUAAAGCUUGCUCUUUUUUUUUCUGUUCCUGUCAUAUUCUUUAAUUACAAUGUAUAUGUUUAAAAGAAAACAAAGCAAGGAAAGUGAUUUGCCAUCCAAGGCUGAACUCGAUGAUCCCCUUAGAAAAGAUCCCAAAUGCUGCGAUAUCGCAUUUCCCUUAAGGACAGGGAUUCUUGCUCAUUGUAUACUUGUGCUAGUAAGUAAUAUUGAUAUACGUGAUUUACAUUUAUACUGAAUAAUGACAUAGAUCUUCCAUGUCAUAUUCUUCUUAAUGGAUACAUGGA